CGUUUGCUGUAGAAAGACGGCCAGCGAUUCGCCGUUGCUGCUGGCUGCGGACGGGAAGACACAGACGGACAGCUCGGAACGCCUCGCAGCGCCAGGCGAGUCUACGAAAGAGGGAAGCGGAGGAGAAUACAGUCGCAAGAAGGAGACGAAGACGAAGGCGAAGACGAAGAAGAAGACGAAGAAGAAGAAACGAGCAGGAUGAUGCGGUUUCUGACGCCGUCCAAGGUUGCGCUGCUGGCGCUGAUAUCCAUCUACACCGAGGGCGUCGUGCCCAACUCGGCCGUCGUGCCGCUGCUCGCGUUCCUGGUCUCGCAUCUGCUGCCGCUGGAGGCGUCGAGGACGGUGGGACAUGGCCUAGGAGAUGGCUGUCGACAUAGCCUAGGGGAUGGCUGUCGACAUGGCUGUGGCCGUGGGCGUGGACGCGGACAGCCGGCGGACAGCAACAAAGAUGCGGCAUCAUCAACAUCUACAUCUACAUCUACGACAUCUACCGGAAUAGAGAGACUGCAGGGGACGCCGUCGGUAGAGGAGGUCAUGGAGGCGACCGCUGGCCUGGCCUCGUCCGUCCCCGGGCGGUCGAUAUGGGACCUGUUCCUCAAGCGGCUGUGGCAGUUCGACUGCGCAGACACGCUGGACGAGUUCUUCUCCAGCCUGGCCGAUGUCCUUGCCCGGUCGCGCGAGGAGAGGCUGCUCGACCCCGAGGGCGCAAAGGAGGCAGACGAGGAGCAGAAGAAGCACGGCAGGGUGGUGCUGGCCCGUCACUCGCCGCUGGGCGCGUUUGUACGCAGAGUCCGGCUCGAGUAUACCAAGCUGCAGUUCCACGAUGCCAUGAGUCUCUGGAAGGCCCUGAUCCGGUAUAGGAUGCCUACCUACGCCGCCUGGGCGAAGAAGAACCCGGCUGAGGCACAGCCGGCCGUGGAUGCGAACCUGUGCGAGCUGGGCCUGGAUCUGGACAGCCCGCUCGCCAGGGUGAUGUACGGCGACCUCGCUGACGGCGGACGGGGGGCGGACGAGGGUGCCGGCAUGAGCGUCAGGGACGUCGAGCGCCUGCUGGAGUUUCAGAUCUCCAAGAUGCAGAGCAAGGCUGCCAGAGUGUCGCCGGACAUGAUGGCCCAGCUGAGGCGGAUCAUCAUGGCCGGUGCAACCGUGCCUUGUCUCUUUCACUACGUCAGGUAUGUUCCCCUAUGUCUUUGCCCCUUUUGGCCGCGGACAGGACGAAAUAAAAGAAGCAAAGAAGAAGAAGCAAAGAAGCAAACUGACAGAGAUAGAUUUCUGGAUUCAUGGAAAGCAGGGGACCAUCCGUCCUCCCUCGACCAUCUGCAUCGGUACUUUGACUACACAGUCCACACCAGAGACCGCACUUUCUACCAGUAUGCACUGCUCAACCUGGCCCUGCUGCAGGCGGACUUUGGCUGCCUUGGAGAGGCCAUCUCCGCCUUCCAGGAGACCAUCGCAAUCGGGCGCGAGACCCAUGAUAUGAACUGCCUCAACUACUCCAUGACGUGGCUCUACCACUUCGGCAAGAUAUCCCCUGACGAGCUCGCUGAGAUACACAACACCGGCAUGCUCGGAGCAGACAAGGAGGCUCUCGCCUUUCUCCAGGCCAAGGCAAAGGAGGCAGAGAUGUGGGGGAUGCUCAGCACCGCUCUGCUCAGCGAGGGCAGACUCGAGCUCGCAAAUGGAGGAAGCAUUGCGUCGACCUUUGAAAGUAUCAUCAAGGCCUCCCAUGUCUGCAUUACAAGGGGCAGACAGGACUCCAUGGGGCCUCAGAUGAUGCUCCAUGCCUCCCUCUACGGCAGGCUAGGACUAAACCAUCUCACCCGGUCGACAUACGAGACAUUCCUGGAAUGCUACUCCGCCUUCUCCCCUAUGGACGAUAACCUAUGGGCCACGUUCCGCAGUGCACAGCUCCUAUCAUGGAAUGGCCGACAUAAUGACGCAGUUAAGCGGAUGAACAGCUUCCCUGCCGAUGCCUUGCAGCCUCUAAAACACCAACAAACCUGGGCCUUCCAUAUGGGCCUCUUGAAACUAACACGCCAACUACACCGAGACGACCUACGGGCUUCCCAACACCUACUCACACAGCUGGAGGGCGCCUCGCCGCCAGACCCCGAGGUGUCGACCACGCUCAACCUGCUCAAGAUCGACCUCCUGAUGCGCCAGGGCGACUACGACGACGCCCUGUCGACCGUCGACCAGGUCGCCCAGUCCAUGCACCAGGACAGCUUCGACAUAGCCACCCAGAUCAGCCUCCUCAUCGCCAAGGCCCGCAUCUUCGACAAAACAGGCCAGCCCGAGCGAGGCUUCUCGCUGGCCAUGCGCGCCGCCAAAAUCGCCCACCGCUCGCGACUGCUGCACAGCCUAUGGGACGCUGUCGGCGCGCUGUGCGUCAUCCUGAUGAGCUUCCGCGAGUUCUCAGCCGCACUCGACCUGCUGGAGAGCGUGAUGCCGCAGGUCCUGGAGUGCGAAGACCGUGCGCUUGCAGGACGGAUGUAUGCCUGUCUGGCCGACGCGAGCAUGGGGCUGGCGGGCGAGAGCAGUGGUCGCAGGGACCCAGGUCGCAAGAAGGAGUUUCUCGCCCGCGCCCUCGAGUUUAUCGACUGCGCCUUUGCCGAGUACUCGUCCAUCGAGGAGGUCAGGGGCCAGUGUGAGAUGAUGGGCAAGAAGGCGACCGUCAUGCAUCUGCAGGGCGACCUGGUCCUCGCCAACGACUUUGCAGCCAAGUACCUCGAUCUCAAGCGCCAGGCCAUCUCCGAGCGGCUGUAA